CGCUUUACCGAUACCCAUCAGGAGGCAGUAUAUCCUCUAGUGCAGUGUGUGUGGCGUACUGGAGCUGAGCACCUUUGUCUCUCUAACAGAGCUUCACUUUAACAGGGUGCGCGGGGUUCAAGUUGCUGAGACGGAAGGGAACCGCUUUGGAGAAGUAAAUCUGGACGGCUUUAAUACACCCUCCCUCUCUAGAACUUACAAAGGGAGUGAACGAGAGAGUUCCGCUGCGUAAACCGACACCGACCAUCGCGCCGCUCGCUCGCUCGCUCCUAGCCGUCAAGAAGGAAAGCAUGCUAGAAAACACAAGGAGCUGAGUCUUGCUUUGGAAAAUGUGGGAUUUUUUGUCUUUGUGUUGAAAUGGUGCUCUUAUAAGACCAAGCGCUGUGUGCGUUUACAUGCGUUUUUGGACGCGCUGUCAGCCCGUGAGCGUUACGCACUGACUCGCCUGAGGAGCCGUUGUGUGCAUCUUAAGCCUCCACACCUCAUCGUUCAGUCAGAACCCUCGUUUCUCGUCCAAUCAGAAUCGGCAUUCCGUGGAGCGGAAUAAAAGGAGUGGGAGUGGAGAAAUGGGCUGUGCGAAAGUUCUUCUUGUGAUGUUCGUGAUCAGCUUUGAAAAGGGGAUUUGCGUCAGUUGGAACCCCGUCCCACGCAAGACAGUUAAAUAUAAUGAUGUGCACGACAGUAUGGCGAGGUUUCGUGCUGUUGGGGUGUGGAACUUCACCAUGUUGACCCUGGCAGAGCAUGAGAGGGUUUUGUACGUGGGCGCCAGAGAGCACAUCUUCGCCCUGGAUCCCAACGACAUCAGCAGACAGCUUCGACCACAGAUUGAGUGGUCUGCUCCUGUGGAAAAGAAAAGAGAGUGCGCAGCGAAGGGGAAGAAUAACCAGACUGAGUGCUUCAACUACAUUCGCUUCCUGCAGAGCUACAACCACACACACCUGUACACGUGUGGGACGUAUGCCUUCCAGCCCAAAUGCACCUAUAUUAAUGCAGAUUAUUUCACUCUGGAUAGCGCCACCCUGGAGGACGGCAAGGGAAAGUGCCCCUACGACCCCGCCAAAGGUCAUACAGGCCUCAUUGUUGACAAAGAGUUGUACUCUGCCACCCUCAAUAACUUUCUGGGCACAGAGCCCGUAAUCCUGAGAAACCUGGGACAACAACAUUACAGCAUGAAGAGUGAAUACCUGCCGGCUUGGCUCAACGAGCCAAACUUUGUGGGUUCGGCAUUGGUCCGGGAGAGCCGCAACAGUAAAGAUGGAGAUGAUGAUAAGAUCUACUUCUUCUUUAGCGAGAGAGCUGUGGAGCUGGACUGUGACAGCGAUCUGACAGUGGCACGGGUGGCACGUGUGUGUAAGGGAGACCUGGGCGGCACACGGACCCUACAGAAGAAGUGGACCACCUUCCAGAAAGCUCGGCUGAUGUGUUCUUUCCCUGAGCGCCACAUCACCUUCAAUAACCUGCGUGCCGUCUUCACCUUGCCCGGGGCGGACUGGAGGAGCACUAGCUUCUACGGCAUCUUCCACGCGCAGUGGGGGGAUGUGGAUGUGUCUGCUGUGUGUCAGUACCAGAUCGCAGAGGUGAAAAAUGUGUUCGAUGGGCCGUAUAAGGAAUACAGGGAGCCGUCUCAGCGAUGGGGCCGAUACACUGGCACCGUGCCCAGUCCACGACCUGGAGCGUGCAUUACAAACUUUGACAGGGAAAACGGCUACAACAGUUCUCUACAGCUGCCUGACGCUACGCUAAACUUUGCCAAGAAGCAUCCGCUAAUGGAAGACCGGGCAGAAGCUCGCCCCCUGCUGCUUACUAAAGGGAUCAACUUCACCCGACUAGCUGUGGACAGAGUGAGCUCACUGGACCAGGGAUCCUACAACAUGCUCUUCAUAGGCACAGCGGAUGGAUGGCUCCAGCGCAUUGUGAUUUUGGGUUCAGAGGCUCAUGUGAUAGAAGAGAUCCAGCUGUUUGAUCGGCAGCAACCAGUGGACAGCCUCACCAUCUCGCACAGCAAAAAGUAUUUGUACAUUGGCUCCCGCUCGGAGGUUCUUCAGCUGCCCUUGGCAAACUGCAGCCGGUACCAUUCACAGCCAGACUGCCUGCUGUCCCGAGACCCGUACUGUGCCUGGGACAGCGAGGGACGCGCAUGUGUCCGCAUCGACCUCCACCGCGGCUCCACAUCCACACUCUCGCAGGACCUCAUGCUGGAGAGGUUCAACCGAGGAAAAGCCAAGUUUGAUAAGCCUUUCUCCAUCCCCAGUCCUGAUCAUUCUAGGUUGAGAAAUGUGACUGUGGUUGUUGGGUCAGAUCUGGUAUUGCCCUGCCAUCUGGUUUCCAACUUGGCCCAGCCCUUCUGGGAGCUCAACGAACGCGAGCUCGCUCUGGUAGAAGGUGAGGCCAUGGGGCCAAGAUUCGACCGAGCCCUCCGUGCCCUCGUUAUCCCCCAAGCUGGUCCCCUUCAAGCAGGCCGCUACAUCUGCUAUUCAGAGGAGCAGGGCGUGAAGUUCCAGACGGAAAGAUAUCAGGUUGCGGUGGUAGCCAGCGCGCCCGUCUUCAUGGAGGCCCGCGCUCCUGAUGGCAGCAUGGGUUUGUUCUGGGUCCUGGUGAUCACUUUGGGUGCUGCUUGUCUGUUGCUGCUGAUCGUGUCUUUGUAUCUUCGUAGAAGACUGAAAUUGGCACUGGGCAAAGGGGCAGAAAUGAAGCCGCUGGAGAGCACAUUAGUGUACCCCAUUACUUUACCCAAAGAGCCUCCCAGCCGGCCAUCAUUUGUGCCAAGCAAGAUGGCGAACGACGAGGAUCGCUUCUGGGAAACAGGGGCCAAUUACUACUACUCGGACGGCUCCCUGAAAAUUGUGCCUGGGCAUGCAAUGUGCUCCACCGGAAGCUCGGCAUCUCCGAGCGCCAUUCCCGGUCAGCCCAUUCACUCACCAAGCAGGUUGAGCCUCACCAACAUUCGGAACUCAGGCACCAACGGAUACAUCCGCCUGAAUCUGAGCACGGCCGGAGAGGAGAGAACGAGCAUUGGAACGGGAAUGGGAAUUGGAAUGGGGAGCGGACUCGGGCUGGGGGGCCGAGAGAAUGAUUACACCAGUCCAUUCAAAGAGGAGCUCCGGAAAACUCUGCAGCAGAGGAGCGUGCUUCCCGACGCCAAUCCCGAGGAGUCUUCUGUGUAGAUCUCACAGGAAGCACAGAACACCUCACCUACCUCCCUCCUGCUUGGGGAACUCUCUUCAUCCUACUCGCAACCUAUUUCUUCUCUGUCAACACUUAUUUGCAGUGGCAAACAUCUCCCGUGCCAUAAGGCCACCGCGCUUCAUGACACUCCCUUGGACUAUUCUGGCUCUCACACUACUAACACACAACUGAGACUGAACACAACUCGAAAAACUUUUGUAAAUGUCUGUAUUUAAAGGACCAGCCCGACAGGGCCUUGUCUUAAUCUUGGCUAACAGGCGAACACAGGUACAUCUCUGAGAGGAACCCAACCAGUCAAAUGUAGCCGUCCGUCUGGUCUGCGAAGAGCAGACGUCUGACAAAGGAUCUGAAUCAUUUGGCAAGCUGGAGGAUACAGAGCUUAUUUUUGACAUCUAGAGGUUGCUUGCCUCAGGUGUUUGGACACGUUUUUUUGCGCCCUUUUAUGGGUAACACAUGAGAGAGGAGACAAGGACAUGCAUAAACUCAAAUCGCUAGAUGACAAUCACGCUCUUUUCUCACAAGGAAUGCAGGGGAGAAAUUAUUAAAGAAAAAACAACUGAGUGUGCUGUAAAACCGAAACAGGACUUGAAUAAUGAACAAAUGCUUUGCCUUUCUUCCUUUACAGCUCAAAAACUUUUUUAAACAUCGUCUUUUUUUCUGAGAAUGUGUACUGAGACUUGCAGCACUAAUUAAUUGUGAUAUCUGUUUAUUGCAACUGUUAAAGAAAGGACUUCUUUUUUUUACGAUUAAUAGUUUCAUCUGAAAUGUGAAAGGAUUUUUAGUGGAAGUAGCAUGAGGAAGGUCUGAACAGAAUGUUGUACUAAGACUGUGUUGGAUGUGACAGCAAGUGCAUUAUUGUAUAUAUUUGGCUUGAACUGCCAAAUGAAGUACAACACCAGUGUUUGCCUACUUGAUAAACCAGGUGAAUGAAGCCACAUGAUGGAAUGAAACUUUAUUUCUGGAAUGGUCGAGAAGACCCCGCCCACAUUCUGAAGCCGAAUUGUUCUCCAUGAAAGGGAUCCUUCAAAGACUACUGGACUUUUAAAACAAGUCCAGAAUGAAUGACAGAGGCUACGGCUGAUCGGACACAGUGUGGGCUUUGCAGCUCUUAAACAGAGACUAAAUACAAAAACAGGGUAAAAACAGAAAGCAGAGGACAUUUCAUCCCGUUGACUUUGAUUGUGAAGACAAAUGAAGGAGAUUUUGAUUUUUCGUGACCCUGCGGGUGGAGAGGCACUACACUGAUCAUCGCGGAUCCAUACUUUGUUGCAUGAUGUUCUGCAAAAUAUAUUGUAUAAUUUCAACAAUAAAACAAUUAGUCUCAUGUAUUUCAAACAAAGGAAAGAAAAAAAAAAUCAUACCUGUGCCUCUUCACCUCGGGUGAAGCCAAAGCAGACUGCAGACAUGUUUCCUGCUUUUCUUUUCUUUUUAUUCUCUUAUAUGUUCUGGAAUCUGUCCACUGCACAGAACUCAAGUGUUGUCUGAAAUCUUUGUUACUACUUCUCUUGUUUUGGUGGAAUGCUAUUCUUUGUGGCAUUAGAGCUUUACGAUUUUCUCAAGCGGCUUUCCAUUCUGUCAUUGGCUCUUUUCUAGUCUACGAUCUAGUGUACGCCACGCUGCAUACGAGGGAAGUUUACACUUGUCAGAAAAGAUAUUUGUACUAAAAGGAACGCUAAGAAAUGUCAGCUUAACAAGAACACAAUCCUUUCUGCCAGGACUUCUCAGGGUGGGCUUCUGACUCUCUUGAAAUUGUGAAAUUUGACUGUUCUUAAUUUCACUAAUCGCUUUGAUAAGCCUGUCUAAUGAAUUAAAGUCAGACUUUAGACUGACGUCAUUUCACUGAGCGACCAGAAGUGUCACAUAUGCUUGUUUGCAACAUGCAUGGCUUUUUUUUGUACUGACCAGUAUUUCCUGCUUGAUUAGAGAGAAAAAAAAUACGGUCAUCUCGGUUCAUUUCAUCUCACAUGGCUUUAAAUCUGCUGUUACUUUGUGAGUUUUUUGUAUUAUGAAAUUCCCUUUUCUUGCAAUUCAAAGAUAUCGUUAAAAAAAAAUCUUGCUUUUUUUUAGGUAAUUGUUAAGUAACUUAUUUUGCUUGUACAAAAAGUUGAUAUUUAUUACCAUUGUACAUAUGCCCUUGUUUUUUAUAUAUGUAUAUAUCAACAGGAAAUAAAAGUAGAGAUCAGUU